CAGUGAGGGCGCAAAAGGGGGAGGGCCGAGGAGUAUGUAAUGACAUCGAUAGCUUUUUUUUUAUUGAAGCCGUUUUCUAACCUUGUGUCGUUUUGGGCUCCGGAGUGAUAGUGGUGGCUAUUUUUUUUUGCACGACGCGCGUUGCUGUGCUGGAUGUGCGGUGCUCGGGUCCCGGGAUGUGAUCGUGAGCGUGUCGGCGAACGAAAUUCGUGCGCGGUGCUGCGUGCGGAUCAGCGCUGGGAAAGUGUCGUCGGCGCAUUGGCGCGCCUCGGACGAGGCUUAGCUCCCAGUCGGCGGAGGGCCCCCGCAAAGGAACCCACACCCGAUGAACGUCAGGUGAGCUAGCUUGUGCGAGCGGCCGCCGCUGCGCGCGCCCUGAGGAGUCAUGGAAAAGCUUCACAAGGAGCCCGGGGACUACACCAAGGACUCCUCGUCGUUCACGCUCGAGCUGCAAAAGUUCCACGAAAGCCGCGGGAGCCCGUUCCGUCAUGCGCCCCGGAUAAACGGCCGCGAAGUGGAUCUUUUCGCCCUCUACAACAGCGUGACGGCGAUCGGCGGCUGGCAGAAGGUGAACGACCUACUCAAGUGGGAUUACAUUCUCGACAAACUCAACUUUCCCAAGGCGUGCGCCAAUGCAUCGCUGGCUCUGCGGCAGAUCUACGUCCGGUACCUCAGCGUGUUCGAGAAGGUGCACUUCCUUGGCGAAGAUGCGGACGAAGAGGCUGACCCCGGCUCGGAGUCUCGCAGUGGGCGCAAAAGCAAUGGUGCUGCGCUGGUCCAGGUGCCCAUGUACUACAACCGGGCACAGCACGACAUCCCUGAGAGCCAGCGGCUCGUCCUGGGCCUUGCGCCCUGCCCGGGCCCGUCGCCGGAGUACAGCAAGCUCUGCAUGUCCCUCCUGAGCGGCCUGCCCAAUGAGGAGGUGCUUACGCUCAACGUGUGCACCCUCCUCUCCAACGAGGGGCGGCACAGCCUCAAGAUGGACCGCAUGCCCCGGCUCAUCGACCUCCUGCUCGCACAGGCGGGGCUCUUCCCGGCGGAUGACCCGACGCUGCGGCCCAUGAUGCUGGAGAGCUGGCAGGGGGUAGAGGGCCGGCGGAUGGAGCGCUUCUGGGAGGACAAUUUAGACGCCGAGACAAUAGCCUUAUUUAAUAUCGGCAAAGGUAGCAAAGACGAAGAAGAUGAGCUUUUUAACUUAAAUUAUGAAGUAGGAACACGGAGUAUAGAAGGCCAAAGAGUGUUAAGGAUUGCACUUAUCUUCCACAACCUCUCGUUUGAAGAGCGCAAUGCUGUCAUUUUGGCAAAGAACCGGACGUUCAUCAGGUUUGUCAUGUUGUCGGCCCUGAGUCGUUGGUCUACAUUGCGCCAAGUGGCUCUGGACACGAUAGGCAACCUGGCUUCUAAGUUGGUGCUGUAUCCCGCCAUGGAGGAAGACGAGGAUGAAGUCUCUUCGCCUGACCACUGCUACGAGGACUUGGCAGGCGAGCGGCAGCGCUGGUCCUGCUCGCUACUGCGGCUCACCCGUGAGGGCAUCCAGUCGCAAGACCGCUACCUGGUCGUGCGCUGCCUAGACAUCAUGGCCCGCCUGUGCCGCCAGGAACGCAAUGCAGAGCCCCUGCUGUCAGCGCUGGACACGCCCCUGUGCCGCCGUGUUUUCGAGCUCCUCACUGUGCACGACCUGAUGCUUCUCAUUUAUGCGCUUGAGGCUCUCUACAUGCUCAGCGAGCUGGGCCGCGAUGCCUGCGAGCGCAUGCUCCUGGUCCACCGGUCCAUGGGGAUCCUGGUCAGCCUGCUCACCUUGGACCCCCUGGUCUACGGACCGCUUGCGCAGAAAGGCAUGAAGCUCAUUGAGACGGUCGACCCGCUCCUGCCUCCGCCGCAAGUUCCAACGACAGUGAACCCGACCGUCCCUCCGACCCCGCUGCCGAUGUCGGCGCCAUUAACACCUUCCAUGGUGGCCACUGGCAGUAGCGCGGGGCCAGGCAUGCUGGGAACACCGAGUGCACCAGGAGCUGUUUCGGGUGUGACGGGAACGACGGGGCCCGGACCGGGGGUGGGUCUGCCAGCAGGUGGCGCCGCUCCGGGCCUAGCAACAACUGCGGCUCCGCAGAGUGACCCGAUGGACACGGAGGCGUUUGCAGGGACGUGGGUGCGUGCCAUGUACGAGCCAGCUCCUCCAGGCUGCUCAGUGGCACGCAACGACAUCUACGCGGAGUAUGUGACGUUUUGCAGCAAGGCAGGGCGGAAGAGUGUCAUCAGUGCAUCAACAUUUGCCAGCUGCGUCAAGGCGGUGUACACACAGACAGGCAUCCGGCGGGUGGACGGUGCGAACGGCGUAGUGAGCUUUCAUCACGACGGCCUCCGCAAGCGGCUCAACCCAUUACCGGUGCCCAUUCAAGUGACCAGCUGCCUCAGCAUCAGCACACAAGCUGCGGCCACGACACUGCGCACACCGCUAGCAAGUGGUGGCACGGCGUCUAGCCACAGCCCGAUCCUGAAGGCUCAGCUGUCAGCACCGCUUCGCGCUCUGACUCCACCAGGGAACCAGGCUUCCCCGCCCCCUUCGCCGGCCCUGGCCACAACUGCACCACCGGUCAUGGGCACGCCUCCUGCGCCGCCACCCGGUGGUGCCCCUGGCGGGUCGAGCAACCUCAUCAAGAGCUUGUUGGCCAACAAGGUGUCCCGCAACCUUCAGCGGCAGCAGCAAAUGCAGCAGCAGCAGGCGACGGUGGUGGCGACAAGUGCGGAUGCAGAGGCGACACCGGUGACAGCCGGGACACCCGUAUUGGCCAACAGCGCCACACCUACCAGAGCACCCGAACCUGUACGACGAGAGGUGAACCCAGCCUCCGCCGUCAGCUCCCAUCAACCGCAACACCAUCAGCAGCAGCCUGUGGUCACAACACAGUCUUUCAGCUUCAUAUCGACCACAGCGGCGGCGGCGGCGGCUGCCGCCUCGACCGUAACCGCAGUUGCACCCACAGCCCAAACCACUCAGCAGGCAACAACCUGUCUUACGUCUGCGCUUCAAGCCAAGCUCCAGCAGCAGCCACAGUCUUUGUGCCCCAAUUCGGUUCAGCCUCAAACUCACGUACAGAGUCCCGGGACCACUUUGCACAUGCGUGUCCAGCCGCACGUGCAGGUACAGGUUCCAACCGUUCACACACAGCCUCAGAUUCAGGUGCAGGUGCCCACCUCAGCAGCUCAGACGCAGCAUGCACAAGUGCAGGUGCAGGUCCCAACUUCGACAGUCCAGCCACAGCAGGCUCAAGUCCAUGUGCAAGUCCCAACCUCGGCAGCUCAAACUCCACAUGCGCAAAUCCAAGUCCAAGUUCCAACAUCGGUGGCCCACAUGCUGCACGCACAAGUCCAGGCACAAGCCUCAAGCUCGGCGAUUCAGGCGCAACAGAUGCAGGUACAAAACUCGGUGGUUCAAGCACAGCAGGUACAGGUGCAGGUUCCGACCUCAGCAGCUCAGGUGCAGCAAGGUCAAAUCCAGGUGCAAGUUCCAGGCACCACUGUCCAGGCUCCGCCACAGGUUGCAACAGGUGCAAACCAGCUCCCACCUUCAUCUGCACCUGUUCAGAUCCAAGUUCCGACAGUGCAGGCACAGCAACGGCAAAUUCAGGUGCAGGUUCCCACGGCCAUGGUUCAAACACAGCCUCACAUUCAGGUGCAGGUUCCCACUUCAGCAAUUCAGUCGCAGCAGGUUCAGGUGCAAGUCCCAACUUCAACCCUUCAGCAGCAGCAGCAGGUUCAGGUGCAAGUUUCGAGUACAGCACUUCAGCCACAGCAGGUUCAGGUGCAGGUUCCGAAUUCGGCGCUCCAGCCACAGCAGGUUCAGAUGCAGGUUACGACAACACCUGCAAUACAGACACAGUUCCAGCAACAGGUGCAGGUUCACACGGGACCGGUCGUGCAGACUCAAGUUCAGCCACACCAGGUGCAGGUUCAGGUGCCGACCCAAAUCUGCCAGGCGCCGUUGCAGACUCAAGUUCAGACUGCAGCGGGUCCAAUGUUGAUUCAGUCUGCACAGCCAGCUACCAUGGUCCAGGCACCUCCACAGGUUGUGGUAUCCAUGGCGCCAACUGGGCAGGUUCCAGCCUCCAUUUCGGUGCCAGCCGUCUCGGUCCAGACGUCAAUGUCUGUCCAGACGCCUCUACAAGUCACAUUCUCAACGCCAGUUUCAACACCUCUUCUGGCUUCUGCCAUUGCCUCUGCCCAGAGUUCUGCACCAUCAUCAGUGUCUGCGGUCAGCCUGGCGCAGACUUUACCCACGAGCCUGGCCUCAAAUGUGACUUCAAACCUGGCAUCUGGCCUCGCUGCGAAUCAGACUGUGGUGGUUGGAUCCUCUGCGCUGGCGUCGAACCUAAGCACAGGUUCCAACCAGACUGUCGUUAUGGCUCCGAAUUUAGCAACGAACUUGGGUGGGAGCUCUGCGGUGGUUAUGGGUUCGGCACUGCCUUCGAAUCCGGUCAUGGCGCAGGGUACGUCUUUGGCUGCAAGCUUGGCUUCGGGUGGCGGCUUGCCACCGGGGGCCACCAUCGUCAUGGUGCCUAACUCGGCCACGGGCAUCACAACGGGGAUGCUUGUUGUGCGACCGCAAGGGAAGCUGCCGGCUGGUGCUGUUGGUGCAACUCUUCUGGCAAGGAGCCAAGCCGUAGCCAAUGCCAUCAAUGCUGGUGCCAGGGGACCGCUUAUAGUAUCCACCCGACCCAACGGCUUCCAGCGAGACAUCGUCAUGGAGGUAUCGAUGCCUCCUGAGUGCAAGCAAGAACUGCCCCCUUCCACACAGCAGGCAUCUGUGACAAGUGCGGAUCACCCUGUGCACAACCACGUUGGAGAGAAUGGUGCAACCGGCAACUCGACGACCAUGACUACGACAACGACGACGACGACAGCCCACACGUGCGUUGCCAUUCUUCCGAGCACAACCUCCGCUUCUGGAACUGCCACAGAAACAAAACCUGUUGAGAGCAUAGUGUACAAGAGCUCGCCGCUCCUCAAUGGUCUUCUAGAUAAAGGCAAGAUGCCAUUGGCUAUGGAAUCCACGACGCUGCAGAACGGAAGCGCUGAAGACGAGAUGGUGCAGCACACUGAUGGCUCCUCCGCAAUGGUGAUAUCGGAUGAUGGUGGCAUGGCAGUGACCAAUGGGACAGGCACCGUGGAGAAGAUGACAACCUCAUCGGACCUGUCACCGAUCCAGGACAUUGUGGGGUCGGUGGAGAGUGCGUCUAAGGUGAUUUCCCGCACCAGCGUGGAUGCUGCUGUUUCGUCGGCGUUGAAGCGAACGGCAGAGCCAGAUGGCAGCGGCCUAGGUUGUGCAAAGCGGCUCCGGCUGGAAGACUCGAGCGAGGCGACAUUCCAAGUUAGCGACUCAACCGAGAGGCAAUCGUCACCAUCUGCAGCUGCGGUGCCUGCCCCUCAGCAACAGCAGCAGUCCGCAAUUGUGGUGGCACGGACAGAGGCGACCUCAGGAGCGCAGCACGUCAUUGUCCAGCAGGGUGUGAUCCAGCAAAGUGUAAUGCAGCACAGUACAACUCAGCAACAAGGUGGUGUGCUUCAGCACACCUGUGCCCACCAAGCCAUGGUGCAAAAGGUGCCUCAACAGCUGCAGACAUCAGCCUCCUCAGCGACGCCGCAGAUGGUUCGGGUGGUUGCAACCACUUCGUCAGCGGUUCCGCAGCCCAACCUGGUGAAGCUCUUGAGCACCAUGGACUCCUCAAAAACUGUUACCACGGUGGUGGCGACAAACUCUGCGUCAACAACGAGUGUGAUGUCGACCGUGGCGGCAGGGUCGACUCCGGUGUCCACACAGCCCGUGGAAGUGAAACCCAUUGUGACAGCGUCUAAGACUGUAACAGUUGACGUGGAGAAGAAGUCGACUGCGCCGUCCGUAGCUGGUCAUCACCACCUCCACCAUCACCACCACCAUCACAAGGCAGCAAAGUUAGUUUACCAUUGCGAGUGGAAAGGGUGUGAUCGGACAUUCUCAACACCGGGUGCAGUAUUCUACCAUGCCUGCAAGGUGCACAUACCAGAGGCCGACAACGACGUUCACUGUCAGUGGGACUCGUGCGAUGACAUGAAGCGUCGCCGACUCUCGCUGUUCACACACCUCCAGGACCGGCACUGCAAUGAGCAGGUGCUCCAGAUCCAGGCAGUUCGGCGGCAGCAGAUAUCGCAGUUUGGCAAGGCCUCCCUACCACCACCUGCCCAGCCACCCCCACACCCCGGUUAUGCGCCGGACGCCGCUUUGCUCGCUAUCCGGAGGCACGCCCUGGCCUACUACAACCACCGCGAUGCCUCGGAUGAAAAGGAGUCGGCGUUGGCCAAGAGCAUACGGCUCACUUCGGCCCUCAUCAUACGGAAUCUCGCUACCCAUUCAUCGCGAGCAAGACGUUACCUGCGGCGGUACGAGCAGCAGCUGUCGACGGUGGCCAUGUCUCCACUAGAGUCGUCACGGACUAUUGCUCAGUGCUUGCUCGAAAUGUCACGGGUGCCGACGCCGGACUGAAGGAGUUCCAAACGCAAGGUAGAAAACUGAACUCUACAAGCUAUCGCAGCGUCGUGCCACGCCGAAGUGUGCGCGUGAAAUUGCCCCGCUAAUGUGAGACCAGGUGGGUCAUCGUGGCGGGUGCAAAUGUGUGUGUGUGCGUGUGUGUGUGUGGUGGCAGCGAUGGACCUCAAAUCGGCUGGAACGUUGCAAUCGGUGGCUGUCGGCUCCUGCCCUUCUACAAACUUUCGACCUUGUACAGACAGAGAAGGGGCAUGUGAUGCGCGGAACAGUGCCCAGGCGACGCCACGCCGGAGAGGCGGGGAAAAAAAAAAGUUGACAAUGCCUGUCGAAGAAGUGCAUUCGCGUGAUGGAAAGAGCAAGAGAAACUUCCCUACGUGCCUCGAUCAAGCGACGGUGAAAAAGAGUAGAACCCCGUCGCGUCUUGUUUCUUUUUUCUUUUUUUUCUUUCUCUCUUCGCUACCCUUCGUCGUGUAAAGCAUUGUGUGGUGGCAGCAGGACACAGUGGCGUCAUAUCAAACUGUGAAACAGGAAAGGAACACUGUCUCUCAUACCAUCUGUCCGAUUUUUCUUUUAUUUGUUAUCAGAGCAUUUUUCUCUCUUUUUUUUCUCUCUUUUUUUUUCCCUCACAGAAUUUGGUCUGUUUCCAGUUUCAAUCAUGCUUUAUGUACAAGAAAGUGUGAGUGGUCACCGCUUUGUGAGGACAAAAAAAAAAAAAAAAAAAAAAAAAAGGCUCGCAGCCAUGGGACCGACGGAAGCAGGGAGGGAGCAGGCCCUUUCAGAUAUUGUUGCCUACAUAAGAGUCUCGGGGUGCGUGUGUAUAUUGGAAGAUAUAUUCUUUUCAUGGCUUCGCAAGCACUUUUCAUGCAAGUGCGGCCUGUCGACUCUUCACUCGGUCCCACUAUGUCGCCCUCGGUGGUCUGGAGCACGGCUUGUGUGGCCGUUUUUAUUUAAGACUUAUUUAUCUACAUGUAAGGGAGGGACAAAAAAGAAAUGACGUCAUAAUUUCUCAAGCACUGUAUCCUACCAUCUCGUUUGCUCGUCCCGAUGUCCUAUGCUGGUUCGACAUUCUAAACCAUUUUGUUUUUUCUUUUCUUAAAAGCUGCUUACCCCAUUCUUGAAAGUUGUGUCCAAAGUUUGCUUUGCAGGCUGCUUGGCAUGAUCGUGUUCAAUUUUGCGAGGAUGACGCUUGGAAUUUUGUAGAAACACAUGAACAUUUUGUUAAUAUGUUUCCAAUUGGAAAGCUGUAACAUAUUCAAAGGCGCAGUUUUUAAAAGUCGUGCAGAGAGUAGCAUUGCUGUUAGACAGGGCAGUUACAGUGUUUACUUCUUUUUUAUUUAGAUUGUGCCUGCAUAAUUAAGGACCUGAAGAGGAAAAAAAAAUCAAGAUCAACUUUUUCACCCAGCACUUUUGUUGUUCAAACUGCAUUAAAUAACUCGUCUUUUUUUUUUCUAUCUUUCUUC